AUGGAAUACAAGGACAAUUCCAUCAUUGGAGGAGGCGGUUCCACCGGAUCACGACGUGGGGGAGUAUUUUCCUUCGGAGGACGUAAUAGUGCUAUUAUUUCUGAUACGGAACGCACCACUGGAACUGACUACGAGCAUUGUUCACUUGAGGUGCCACGUGUAAUGGUUUUCCUCUUUUUUGUUUUGCCUUGA